CGUGGCCAGCCGCGUCUCAUGAAUAAUGCAGCACGUCGGCCGGCCGUGUGGCGUCGUCGGUAAACUUCGCUGGAUCCGAAGAGGGCGUGGGCAGCGCUUCAUGAAUAAUGCAGCACGUCAGCAGGCGGCGGGGCGGGGCGUGGCCGGCGCGCCCGCUCUGGAGCCGGGAAGGGGGGCCGGGUAGCAAUGGUCGCAAGAUGGCGGCACUGAAGGAGGAUCAGAGCUACGGGCUGUCGUGCGGGCGGGUGAGCGACAGCAGCAAGGUGUCCGUGUUUCACGUGAAGCUCACCGACAGUGCCCUGAGAGCCUUUGAGACCUACCGCGCCAGCCAGCACAUCGCCAUCCCGCAGCCGGACUGCCCCUCGGAGGCUCGGAUCUUCUCCUUCUACCUCUCCAACAUUGGCCGUGACAGCCCCCAGGGCAGUUUCGACUGCAUCCAGCAGUACUUAUCCAGCCAUGGGGAUAUACACCUGGACUGCUUGGGUAGCAUCCAGGACAAAAUCACAGUGUGUGCCACCGAUGACUCCUACCAGAAGGCACGGCAGAGCAUGGCACAAGCCGAGGAGGAGACACGGAGUCGGAGUACCAUCGUCAUCAAGCCCGGAGGCCGCUACCUGGGCAAGAAGGUUCAGUUUAGGAAACCAGCCCCAGGGGCGACGGAGACUGUGCCCUCCCGGAAGCGGGCAACCCCCAUCAACCUGGCAAAUGCCAUCAAGAAAAGUGGUGUUAGCGGGGGCGGUGGGGUAUCUCAGAGGCCUUUCCGUGACCGGGUGCUACAUCUUCUGGCCCUGAGGCCCUACCGGAAGGCUGAACUGUUGCUGCGGCUACAGAAGGAUGGCCUGGCGCAGGCAGACAAGGACACGCUGGACAGCCUCCUCCAACAGGUGGCCAAUGUGAAUACCAAGGAUGGUACUUGCACACUGAAGGACUGUGUGUACAAGGAUGUGCAAAAGGACUGGCCUGGCUACUCAGAAGGGGACCAGCAGCUGCUAAAGCGCAUGCUUGUCAGAAAGCUGUGCCAGCCACAGAGUGCAGGUGGCCUCCCUGGAGACCCUGCUGCCGCCAGCCCUCCGAGAGAGCACGGGAGCUCAGUCUCACCCCCCCAGAAACGUCCUCAGCCUCCUGAUUUCAUUGACCCCCUGGCUAACAAGAAACCAAGGAUAUCGCACUUCACCCAGAGAGCUCAGCCCGCCGCCAAUGGGAAGCUGAAUGUGCCCCAUGGUCGGGAGGCCCUACUGCCCACCCUUGGCCCACUGGCGGGCACAGAUGCCCACCUACCCCCACGGCUGGAUCCUCCGAGGGCACACGACCCUCUGGCUGAUGUCAGCAAUGACCUGGGCCACAGUGGCCGGGACUGUGAUCACGGGGAAAUGGCCACCCCAGCCCCCACUUCCUGCCUUAGCCUUCCCCUGCUGAAGGACUGUGCCCAGCCCAGCAGGCCCCACGGUGGCUCAUCUCGCGGCAAGUCCAAGAAGAAGUCCAAGAAGCACAAGGACAAGGAUAGGGCAGCUGGGGACAGGCAUCGAGCCAGGCCGCCAGAACUUGUGUCCGGCUCCCUUGGAGCCCCGCCAGUCAACCUGGGUUUAAAUGGGACCUGCAACAGCUCAAGCGUCCCCACGUCAACUUCAGAGACACCAGACUACUUGCUAAAAUAUGCCACUAUCUCCUCCUCAGAGCAGCGCCAGAGCUACAAGAACGACUUCAACGCCGAGUACAGUGAGUACCGAGACCUGCACGCCCGCAUUGAGCAGAUCACACGGCGGUUCACGCAGCUGGACGCCCAGCUCCGGCAGCUCUCCCAGGGCUCCGAGGAGUACGAGACUACUCGUGGGCAGAUUUUACAGGAAUAUCGCAAAAUCAAAAAGCUCGCUGCGAUGGAGGCUGCAGCACAGUUUGUGGUCGAGAGCCCCGACGUGGUCUACAGCCCCGAGGCCAUCGAGGCGCACUACGAGUACCGGACGACAAGCGUCAGCCGCGAGGAUGGCGUCCUCAAGGUACACCCCUCAACCACGCGCUUCACCUUCCGGACCGCCCGGCAGGUGCCCCGGCUCGGGGUCAUGCUGGUCGGCUGGGGCGGCAACAACGGCUCCACGCUCACCGCUGCCGUGCUGGCCAAUCGGCUGCGCCUGUCCUGGCCCACCCGCACGGGUCGUAAGGAGGCCAACUACUACGGCUCGCUGACGCAAGCAGGCACCGUUAGCCUGGGCCUAGACGCCGAAGGCAAAGAGGUGUUCGUGCCCUUCCACGCGCUGCUGCCUAUGGUGUCGCCGGACGACCUGGUGUUCGAUGGCUGGGACAUAUCUUCGCUGAAUCUGGCCGAGGCCAUGCGGCGCGCGAAGGUGCUAGAUUGGGGGCUGCAGGAACAGCUGUGGCCGCACAUGGAGACCCUGCGCCCAAGGCCCUCCGUCUACAUCCCAGAGUUCAUCGCAGCUAACCAGAGCGCGCGUGCGGACAACCUCAUCCCUGGCACGCGCGCGCAGCAGCUGGAGCAGAUCCGAAGGGACAUCCGCGACUUCCGGUCCAGCGCGGGGCUGGACAAAGUCAUUGUGCUGUGGACAGCAAACACGGAGCGCUUCUGCGAACUGGUCCCAGGCCUCAAUGACACCGCAGAAAACCUGCUGCGUACCAUUCAGCUAGGUCUGGAGGUGUCACCCUCCACACUCUUCGCUGUGGCCAGCAUCUUGGAGGGCUGUGCCUUCCUCAAUGGGUCCCCACAGAACACUCUGGUGCCCGGCGCACUCGAGCUCGCCUGGCAGCGCCGUGUGUUUGUGGGCGGAGAUGACUUCAAGUCAGGCCAGACCAAGGUCAAGUCUGUGCUGGUUGACUUCCUUAUCAGCUCCGGCCUCAAGCCCAUGUCCAUCGUGAGCUACAACCACCUGGGCAACAAUGACGGGCAGAACCUGUCAGCGCCGCCGCAGUUCCGCUCCAAGGAGGUGUCCAAGAGCAGUGUGGUAGACGACAUGGUGCAGAGCAACCCGGUGCUCUAUGCACCCGGCGAGGAGCCUGACCACUGCGUGGUUAUCAAAUAUGUGCCAUAUGUGGGCGACAGCAAACGCGCAAUGGACGAGUACACGUCGGAGCUGAUGCUGGGCGGCACCAACACGCUGGUGCUGCACAACACCUGCGAGGACUCGCUUCUGGCCGCGCCCAUCAUGCUGGAUCUGGUGCUGCUGACAGAACUGUGCCAGCGCGUGAGCUUCUGUACCGACUCAGACCUGGAACCGCAGGGCUUCCACCCGGUGCUGUCCCUGUUGGCUUUCCUCUUCAAGGCACCACUGGCUCCACCAGGCAGCCCUGUGGUCAACUCACUCUUCCGACAGCGCAGCUGCAUCGAGAACAUCUUCAGGGCCUGCGUGGGGCUUCCGCCGCAGAACCACAUGCUUCUGGAGCACAAGCUGGAACGCCCCAGCCUCAAGCACAUGAGGCAUGUGGCCAGUGCCUGCCUCGAGUCUUCCAAGAAAGAAUUGGCACCGUCGGCCUCCAACAACUGUACUGGUGAUGCCAACGGGCACUCGCAGGUUGAGGCACCUUGAUGCACACCACCUGAGGCAGUGGCCAUACAGCUCCCAGCAACUCCUACCCCUUUGCCCCUCUGCAUCCACCCUUCCCGGCCUCCCAAAGACAAUAAAGACAUUGCCAGUAUCAGCUACA